AUGGAACUACACAAACGGAAGGCUCCGAAAAACACACAAAAGUCCGGAGAACAGCGAACCUAUUCCAGCGCAAGGAUCGAUAAGCCAGAUGUGACUGAAUUCGUACAAAAGGAUAAAUCUGAAGCGCCAGGCCAAUUUCAUGUGGAGAUAUGUAGCGCUUUCUGGGUUUGCUUUGUAAGCUCAGUGGAAGAGUGGGAUGAGAUGUUUCUACAGCGACAGGCUAUCGUUCCACAUCGAGUGCUCAUAGUUGUUCUGAACAACAUGGGGACACUUUCGCUGGAUAUGCUAUUUUUCCGGCGUCUGGGAACACUUCUGAGACUGCUGUUUCCUUGCAGACUUCAUUCAUGGACGCUUUGGUUAGCGCUAGUGGUUAUGACCACAUCAUUUGUAGAUCAAGUAGCAACGUACUUCGUUGGCGUUCUUCCCAGCCAAUUCUAUGUGGUACUAGGAAAUAGGGAUCUCUCGGCUUUUCAUUUUCUUUGUGCUAAAGCUACAGUUUUAUUGGCAAGUCUCUGGUACUUUUUCUACACAAACUUGUCUUUCAUUCAAAUUUCUCAUUUUUCCAACUGUACUUUGCAGUCACUGGCAUCAAUCAAAUAUUUCACAUCUUUAUUAGCCAUAAAGUGCCGUGAAAUUUGUACAUACACACUGCAUAGACUGUAUUUCAAACGUCGAGCUUUUUAUAAGCUCAACUCGUCCUCUGAAAACUUGGACAACAUAGAUCAGCGGUUAACUCAGGAUAUUGAGAAAACUACGCAAGUGCUAGCUUGUGAUCUUUUCGCCCCAGUGAUCACAGCACCAUUUAUAAUACUGUACUACUCAUAUCUUACCUGGAAAAGCUCGGGAUGGUUGGGACCUCUCACUAUUUACACAUAUUUUGUUUUCGUUACUUUCGUUAACCGAUAUCUCUUAUCACCCAUUGUUGGUUUAGUUAAUGAGACGGAAAAGAGGGAAGGAGAUUUCCGCCAGCGUCAUAUGGAAGUUAGAACCAACGUGGAGUCAAUUGCCUUUUAUCAAUCAGGGCUCAUUGAGAACAUCUUGACAAAUCAAAAGCUGAAAGUUUUGUUGAAAACUAAGAGAAAACUCGUCGACUGGCGGUUUGCACUUAACAUUGUGACGAACGUGUUCGACUAUUUUGGUGGAAUACUUUCCUAUCUGAUCAUUGGGAUCCCUAUAUUCAUGACCCAUGCGUAUGAUUCGCUUUCAGGCACGGAAUUGAACGGCGUCGUUGCUAUGAAUGCGUUCUUCUAUCUCUAUUUGAUCUACAGUUUCACAAAUCUCAUCGCGCUUUCGGAGAAAAUUGGAGAUCUUGCUGGUGUUACACAUAGGUAA